CCCUCUUCUGUAUACACACAGAAUCAAGAAACAACACUUUCUCUCUCUAUAUCUCUGUUCUAUCUUCUCCGAUCUUCAUUUUUUUCUGCUUCAUCGAAGAAGAAGAAGAAUCAUGAAAGGGCAAUAUGGAGAUGCUAACGAUCAUCAUCAUCCAAAUCUAUUUGGAAAGCUCCAUCAAAUCAACCGUCUCCAGCACCACUCACUCUCUCUCCCAAUCCAGCCGGACUUUCUUCUCGCCGGCCGGCGACCCACCAGAGAUUCCCAAACCUCCGAGGAAGCCGACAGUCGCAGCAGUCCCCCCACAUCCAAUUUAAUCAAAACAACCAACAACAAUUGCAGCGUCACCGUCGGCGACGGCGCCUCAAUCGAGGUCGUCCGGCGACCACGCGGUCGCCCGCCCGGAUCCAAGAAUAAGUCGAAGCCAGCAGUUUCCGUCAACAACGAACCGGAACCCGGAUCCAUGAGUCCGUAUAUUCUAGAACUUCCAGGCGGAUGCGACGUCGUUUCGUCGGUAAAUCGUUUCUGUCGACGUAGAAAUACGGGUCUUUGCGUUCUUACGGGUUCGGGUGUUGUGGCGAACGUGACAAUCCGACAGCCUUCUACCUCGGCGUCUGCGGUUACCUUCCAAGGACGAUUCGAUGUUUUAUCUUUGUCGGCUACGAUAUUGCCGCCGUCGGCGGAUGCAGUAAUGGCCGGAGCGGCGGCAAACGGGUUUACGAUUUCAUUGGGAGGACCACAGGGGCAAGUAAUUGGAGGGAUGGUGGUGGGACCACUACUGGCGGCCGGAACAGUUUAUCUGAUCGCGGCGUCGUUUAAUAAUCCUUCGUUUCAUAGGUUACCGUUGGAGGAGGAGGAGGCGAUUGAGAAUUCGGCGACGGGAGGGACUUCCGGCAGCGGUGAAGAUGGAAAUCAGCAGCAGCAUAAGCAGACGGCGGCGGCGGCGGCGGAGUCAUGUGGGAUGUCUAUGUUUAGUCCACAUUUAGGGUCGUCCGAUGUGAUUUGGGUCCCCACCGCCAGGCAGCCGCCUCCCCGCUAUUGAUAUUAUUAUUAUUAUUAUUAUUCAACUUUCAAUUCAAAUAGUCUGAAUUCUGGUCACAUUGCACUUUCAAUAGUUAUUUUUAGAUUUACCAUAAUAAUAAUAAUAAUAAUAUCUACUUUUUAUUGUCGAUUAUUAAUUAGGAAGUAUAUGAUUGUGAUACAAUUUUAUAUGGUUUUUGUAAUUGAGAUAUUUAGCUAUCUAUGGUAACUAUAUAUAUUAAUGUUGAUGAAUCA